AUGUCAAACUCGGGAGAGUCUGUGACAACUAUGCUUCCCUCCCUUUCUCUGAUACGGUCCCAGCUAUCGUCCUUUACCGUCUCUUCAGCCUCUCUCAAAUUAAUCCAUAGCACGGCUCCCCUUACCGUAGCUGCAAAGACACUGUUCGUACUGGAUUCCUCGUUCAAUCCACCGACGAAAGCACACCUGAACAUUGCCCUCUCUUCCUUCAGAGAUGAUUCUACUGGAUCGAUCGAAGAAAAGCGGUUGCUGUUACUCCUCGCUACUCAGAAUGCUGAUAAAGCCCCUAAACCGGCGUCCUUCGAGGAAAGGCUCUUGAUGAUAUCUGUAUUUGCGUCCGAUAUAUUAUCUUCGCUUGCACCCCUGUCGCCAGCUAUCGACAUAGCUGUUACCAAGCAUGCCAGGUUUCUCGAUAAGUCCGAGGAGUUGACCAAGCAUUAUUCCAAUGUGACUGAGCAGGUAUAUUUGACCGGAUACGACACCCUCAUCCGCAUUUUGGAUACCAAAUACUACCCGGUUACCUACACAUUAAAGCCUCUAGAGAACUUUUUCCGGAGCAAUCGCAUCUGGUGUAUGUAUCGGCUUGGAGAUCUGUGGGGCGGACGUGAGGGACAGGACGAGUACUUGAGAAAUAUCAGAAGUGGAAACAGAGAGGCAGAAGGCUGCAGGAGGGAAUGGGCUGAAAGGAUUAAAUUUAUUGUAAGUUGGGCUUUGAGGCGGACUUAUUUCAUUCCAUAA